UUCAGUCCACUUGCUUUCCUUUUUCUCUACCAUUUUAUCUCUAAUUUCACAAAAUAAACCAACAUUCAUCUCCAUAUUUUCCCAUUCAUUCACUCUCCUCUCUCUAUCUCUUCACAAAUCAUUAUCAGUGAUCAUUGCAACAUGACACUUUUUCUCGGGAGUCUCUUGUUCAUUUAUUGUACCUUGAUAUCAGUAAUCUCCGCCAAGCCUGAUCCUGAAAUAUGUGAAAAAUAUGAAGUUGUUGAACAAAAAUUCAAAUGUGGACCUGAUGGCUACCCACUACAUUUUGGUCUCAGAAAUUGUCUAAUGUUCAAUAAUCAAAGCACACUUGAUAAGUUCACCCCAAAAGGACGGAAAUUUGUUGGAUGUUCUACUAAUUGUCUAGUCAAAGCCAUUGUUAACAUUUCCGAAUACUCAACCAGCUGCACUCAAAUCCAAGAAGAAGCGUUCAAAUCACACGUCGAUUGCUAUCUCAAUUGUAAUUUCUGUGAAGUGUGCAAAACCGAAAAACUCGCAUUCCUUGGAAGUUACGAUUGGACAGAUUUUCUAAGUUAUGCUGCCGUUAAACAAGUUCUUGCAAUUAUUCGUAAAUGUGGUAUAUUUAGUUGUUUGAAAGUGUUUGAUGUUUAAUAUUAUUUUAUUCGGGUUUUUCGUUCGCUUUCCUUGGUUUUUCGUUGUCCCAUCUCGAAAUAAAUGAAGCUCAUUCAAAAAUGCA